AUGGCCGAGCUGCGAUACAACAAAGAUGGCAUUCCCAUCUUCGAUGGAACUGCUGAACAGUAUGUGCCCUACAGAAGGGCAGCUCUCAACUAUGUAGAGACUCUGGAAUGGAAGAAACGUGUUUUAGCUGGACCCCGUCUUCAGACGGCCUUAGAAGGAUCAGCUCGAGUUGCAGUUCAGCAUCAGCUGCCAGGCUGGAUCAGCCAUAGUGAAGGUGCGCUGCAACUGCUCAAUUUCCUCAAGACGAAGAUCCAAUCUCCAACUCUAGCUGAAGCUGGAAAAUCCAUCUCCCGAUUCUUCUACAGUGUGAAACGCCGCAAGGGCGAAAGCAUGAACGAGUGGAUCAUCAGACACCACUGUAUGAUGCUCGCCGGACUCUCGCAGAAGCCAUCCAUGAAUAUGGGGGUGGGGACCUCCAUCAUGUUCAUUCUGGCCUCGCAGCGACUAGUGCCGGCACAGGCCGACCGAGUCGAUCCUCCACCUUUUCGUGAUGAUGGACGAAUGAAUGAUGAAGGAGAAGAGGACCAUGACGGUGAAGCCGAUGCUUGGGUGGAACCGGGAGACCAUUACUGGCGUGGGAGAAAUGCUUGGUCUUCCUGGUCACGAUCCUGGCAUGACAAUCACUGGGAUUGGUAUGAAGGCACAUCGACAGAGGCUCCAUCAUCCAGACAGUCCAAGUAUGAUGUGUCCGAAGCAGCAUCCCAGGAAGCUGACAAGUUUCUGCCAGACUUCGUUGUCGCAUGGAUGCUGCUGCAAAGAUCAGGCUUGGACAGUACAGAACGUGGUGCCAUCAUCGCCAAUUUGAAGAACCAAUUCACAACGGAACAUGUCAAGAGUGCCCUCCGAAUUGCUUGGCCAGAUGACGACCUCAAGAAGCGAGACCAUCAAAGAGGCUCAGUCCUCCUGGUGGAUGAUGAUGAGGAAGCCUUUUUCCAUGAUGAUGAUCAAGGUGACCUACAUGAGUGGGAACCGCCUGAGGAAGAUCAAGCUGAGUACUCAUAUCUCUCCUCUGAGGUUGAAUCUGCACUUCAAGCCUAUCAAGGUGCUCGAAGGACCUUGAAGGAGGCAAGGGAGAAGCAAAGCUUGUUCCGGAAGAGUCGUCAAUUCUUCCCAGGCAAGCGUGAAACGACCACCCGCUUCAAGACGGAGGUGACCUCAGUGAAACGAUGCUUCAAGUGUGGUGGCAAUCAUUCCACUCAUGAAUGUCCUCAGAAGAGUGGUGGAUCACACGGGCAACAAUCCGCUCACUUGGCCUUCCAAGUGUAUGGCAGCUGCUCUGAGCCGAAACGAUCAGCUACGACCUCUACACAGGAACUUGGCCUUUCACUGUCCCAGAUCCUAGCUGAAGGAAAAGCAAUCAUUGAUGGUGGUGCGACAUCCUCAGUGGGAUCCUCAGAAGCUCUGGACCAAAUCCUCAACCUUCAGGCAGCCAAUGCCUGGACUCCACAGGUUGAGGUUGAAGUUCAAAACCAACCAAACUUCCGUUUCGGAAACGGUGGUCAGAAGCAAUGCCUGAGCACUGCCAAGCUUGCUGUCCCCCUAGGAGGGACGAGUGGAACCAUGAACAUUCACGUUCAUGACAUUGAUGGCCAACCUGUGUUGCUGAGCAUUUCUGCUCUGCGCACUCUGGGAGCAGUGAUUGACUUCCAGAGUGAUGAAAUGAUUUUGAAGUCAGUGGACCCCCGCCAAGUGAUCAAAUUGGAAACCACACCUGGGGGCCACCAAGUGUUUCCAUUGACCACAGACAUUUUGUCUGGUAGUUUUGCUAGGAGUGAACCUUUUUUGAGUUUGCGAGAUGCAGGCCGCCUGGCGGAGCUGAAAGCUCUCAAUGGUCCGCAAGAAGAUGCCAUGCAGAAGAGCAAAGUCGCCGAGUUGAACAAGGCGGCUCGCAAGAAGGACCACCUUCUGGCUUACAUCAAGGAUCAGGGCAUCAAGAUCUCCGGUCACGAGACCAUCGCACAACUGCUGGCCUUGGGUCAUCGCCACAUCCUGGAGAGUCACAGUCCCCGUGGAUCAGAAGUGAUGGGAUUUGGGAAACACUCCCAACUCACCUACUCAGAAGUGGCUCACCAAGACUGGCAAUACAUUCAGUGGGCAACCACCACUUACCAGGAGGCAGGGGGAGCUCAGGGCACCAGCGACUGGCGCCUCAAAAGGUUCGUGCAGUGGUACCAGAAGGGACAGAAGGGGAGCACCAAGCCCAAGAGCUCUUCCGCGAAAGAGCCAGUGAUCCCGAAGAAGAAGAAGAUCCCAGGUGCCUCAACGGACAGCUCAUUUGCCCUGAUCUCGGAGGGAGCCCUGCCGGACGACUCCUCAGAGAUGGAGAUGAUCUCAGAGACAGAGCUAGAGAUCCAACAGCUGGAGAGCAGGCUUCGAGACCUUCAGAGAUCCAAGAAGGAGCGCCGCCCAUCUCCAGAGAAGCCACCACCAGCUGCCGUGCCACAGUGA